AUGCACCCGAGCGAAGCAAGCCAUGAUUCAGAGGACGACGAAUACGACCUUGAAGUUGAGGACGACGGUGUAGGUGGUAGCGAGGCCGGGGAUUACGAUCCUACUGGAGGUGCAGGGGAUAACGGGACGGACGGAGACGAUGACUCGAACACAGACGAUUCGGAUGACUCGGACGACGAUGAAGAUGAAGGAGAGGAUAAUGACAACGACAAUGACAACGAUAACGACAACGACAUGGUAGACGACAAUGCAGAGGAAGAGGACGAAGAAGCCGACAGGCUUCAGCAAGAGUUGCAGGAAGCUAUGGACAUUGACGCCGAACUUUCAGAGCUUCACGAACUGGAGAAGUCUGCUGCAGAGGCACCUGAAAUUAGCACGAACGAUGAAGAACUGGCUCUCGAGGACGACUUGUUUGGCGACGACCAAGAGGAGCCUCCGCAGCUUGGACAGGCGCGCGGAAUAUCGCCUGGGACAAGCGCGCCCCCACCUUUGGAUAUUCCCUUGCUCAAUGCAGAAGACGACAGAGAUGCGUCUAUGCAACCGCUUUCUUCACCGCCCCAACCACAGUCACCGACCUCUGUGACAAUGGGCUCACCAGCACGUCGACGGCGUUCACCAUCGCCCGAAACGCGCCAUAGGCGUUCUUUGAUCUUUGCUCCCAUUGGAAGCAACCUCUCUACCUCUUCUCUCGCCUUAAAUGGAACGGCGCCUCCACCCUCAGAUCCAGUCAACGCGUCGCCGCGAACUCCACGGUCAUAUGCCGUCGAGGCCAUCUGCGCGCUCCCACAUCCAGUCCCAACCAACGCCUUGGCCUCGUCCCAGUGCAUGACCCAUUUCAUAACAGGGUCAGACGACGGCUAUAUCAGAAGCUAUGAUAUAUUUGCUGCGGUGAAUGGCAAAACGUUUUUGACCCAGCCUCAAAGGCAGCACGCGGGCGUGGUGGAAGGACUGUUCAAGAGCGGCCAGAUACGAUGUUGGUGGGAAAACCCCGCGAUUGGAGAGAGCCAGAGACGGUUGGGAUUGCUCUCCAACUUGGCCAUGCCUCAAUCGGGUCCGUUUAUCUCGACCUUUGGAGACGAUUCAGAUGGGCUCGCACCUGUAUAUAGCCUACUGAUGCACUCUGACGGCCUGUGGGCACUCGCCGGUAGCGACUCUGGUCAUAUUAACUUGUUCACAGUGCGACAUGAGCCUGGACGUCUCAUCCAUACCAUGGACAAGCAUCGCGGACCUGUCUCGGCCAUGGCGAUGGAUUAUGACGAAAAAAGUUUCUUCAGUGCAGGCUGGGAUGGUGAAGCUCUGCAAUGGGACCUCAAUACAGGCAAGAACGUUCGUAAUUUCAUCGCGCAUGGAGCGCAGCUCGCUGCCAUUGCUGUCCGUCCAGAUUAUUCCGGCCCUUACGUUGACCCCUCCCCUCCUGCUGCCGUCGUAUAUAGACGAAAGGAUCGCAAGAAAGAGAGACGGGACAAGGAAGAUGAGGAAUUCGACGGAGAUUCGAACCCUAUCUUGGCUGCAAAGAUGGAAGACCCGAUUACCGCUGCGACACACACAAGAGGACCUGUAGACGUAUCCAUGGGUGAUGCAACCGGAUCAAUGUCAUUGCUUGGGGGAUCUCCCUCCAAACAUGACAGUCAAACACCCGUUCCUCAGGAAUCGUCUUCGAAUCCAACAGAGCCCGAUGCCAUGGACGGCCAAGGUGACGACGCCGACAACAAAUCCGACGACUCCUUUGAUCCUCUAUUCGACGAGGAAGGGGACGAUGGGGACGGGGAAGGCAACCCAACACCGCCGCAACCUGCAGAACCAUCGAAUUCACCACCAGCGCAGCAGCAACUUGCUAAAGGUUCUAACCCGUAUUCCAAUAUCACCUUUACUGCCCCUCUCAACCCCGCCACUAAUCCGCCUGGCAAUGUGAAUGCAGCCAAACCCGUCGUUCCUGGCGCACCCCAGUCCCAUUUUGUCACGUUCAAUCUUGGCCCAUCUGCACCGCAAGGAAACCAACAACAAUCGGGCGUGCAGUCAUAUUUCCAUGCGAUCCCCCCUGCAGCACAACCAGCACCUCCGCCUCAAGGAGGCCAACAAUUCCAAUUCCAACUGGCAAAGCCGUCCGGGGCUUCCAAAGCUGGAUCUGUCUCACCGUCGAAAGCACAACAACAACAGCAAUCUCAACCACCACCACUGCCCCCUCCUCCACCGCAACCGCAGCCACCGCGCGCUGCCUCCGUCAAGCCUUCGAGACCCGCUACGCAGGCUCCGUCGUCUUCCAUCGGAGGAGGUAUCGCGGCUCCCAAGAAUGCGCCUCCUCUCUUGGAGCCGGCAGGGUAUCAAAAUUUUUCCAGCGAUUUACUCAUGACUGCCUUCGUUGACGGGCAAGUGAUACUCUGGGAUCGACGUGUGUCGAGCCCAGGAAGAGGGGUCGGACGACUCUGGAUGAGCGAGAAGACUCCGCCAUGGUGUCUCAGCGUAAGCUUCCUCACCUAG